AUGGCCAAACGGACAGACACCCAGCGUGCAAUAGCAUGCCUCUGGCUGGUGUAUCAUCAGACUCCAAAAGCAAGUAUCGCGGCAGAGACCAAUCCCCCUCGCCAGCAUCGGACACUCCAGGCCCCCGCACACAAAUACGACCGACACAUUGUAAAUGGUGCCCACCAGGCCGACCGAAUCCGGGAGCUGUUAGAUGUAUUCAUCGACAAGUUUGUGCGCGGCUUGAGCUGCAAGAAUCCCGAGACUGAGCUGAUGAUUGUCGGACGGGAUGAGCUGAUCUGGCGGGACUUGUUUUCUCUUAUCCGAAGUGAUGCUGAAGCCAUUAAACAGAUGAAAUCAUGGCAAAACCCCCUACAUUCCUCUACUUCAAAUACUCCCAAUCUACCCAAGCCGCUUCCCUCACCCUCGAUCCCAAAUUCUACCGGUCCUGCUCGUGAGAUGCAAAUGGAAAUUAGUUGUGAAUUGGAUCAUGCAGACUUUGCAAGGUUCGAGCGAGAGAUUCUCGGCAAUGAAGUGAUUGGUGCCCGUGCCGAGAUCAACAUGUUGAGAGACGAGCGAACACUGCUUUUAAAGAGACUCGAUUUAAAUCGGGAGAACAUCACACAAUUGAUGGAGACUGAGGAGCAAACAUACAAAACUCUGAUGGUGGAACGUGCUACGACCGAGGGUAUGAUCCGAGCACUCAAGAACAAAAUUAGAGAGCUGAAGACAGAACAACAUGGAGCUCAAGGACAAAUCACAUCAUUAACCAACAACAUGGAACGAGCUGAGAAAGCUAGAGUAGCGGCAGUACUUUACGCAAAAGGGGCUGAGGAUCGUGUCGUCGAAGUAGCCAAUCGACAGAAGCAGGCCGCAUCGUCACCUCCUGCUCCACCGGCCAACCCCACAAUCCCGUUUUGGCCCGCAGCGGAUGAUGAAGCAUUGAAGAACAAGUUGAAAGACCAAAUGAGAGAUCCCAGUUCCAACAAUUUCUGCCCUAUUGGUUUUGUGGUUGUUUCUCUUUCAGGCUGGUUUGCACUGGUGCAAUUCUCAGUAAGAUUCUUGUAG